AUACAAACAAAAAGAGCCAAGAGGGAGAAUUAUAUUGAAGUAGUAAAUAUAUAUAUUUAUGGCAUUCCCCAUGAAAAUGUUUUCCAUUUUAUCCCUCGUCUUGAUGCUUCUUUUUGCAAGUGAGAUGGGGAUUGCAGAGGGGAGGACGUGUGAAUCGAAGAGCCAAAAGUUCAAAGGGCCAUGCGUGAGUGACCACAACUGCGCUUCCGUCUGCCACACCGAGCGUUUUCACGGCGGCCACUGCCGUGGCUUUCGCCGCCGCUGCUUCUGCACCAAACCCUGCUAAUUAAUUAUUAAUUAUUUCUUUAUUAUAUAUACUUGGUGUGUGUUUGUGUGUAAUAAUUAAUUUAUAUUAAUUACAAUGCCAGCUGAUCGAUUUAACACUAUAUAUCAUCAGUUAGGAAGUAAUUGUUGCUUGGGCACAAUAAAUUAAAGAUUUGUGUGUGUUUUGAAUAUUUGUUGUGUGUUUGUUUUCUGGAUUAAAUAAAUAAAUUGUACUCAAUCCCAUAAUAUAUAAACUACGUAUCC